AUGGGCGCAACCACCACCGUAGUCUACCCCCAGGGCGUCAACUUCAACAAAGACUACUACAAGUCCACACACAUGCCCUUGGUCCAAGAGAAGUGGGCCAAGUUCGGCCUCAAGUCCUGGAGAGUCAUCUACUUCGACAACGACGCUCCCUACGCGGUCCAGGCUUCCCUUGAAUGGGGGUCGCUGCAGGACUUCCAGAAUGCUGCUAGCAGCCCAGAGGCGAAGGAAGUUUUGGGCGAUGUACCAAACUUUGCUGAUAAGGAUCCCGUGAUCAUCAGUGGAGAUGUGGCAUUCUCUUCUUCUUAG